AUGGCAUUCGCAUUACCUCUGGAAGUCCCACUCGCUACGGAAGGGAACAAGGAGAGGGUCCUCGGGCUAUUUAACGCCAUCGCUCGAGAAACAUUCACAAAUGAAGACGAGAACAUUGCUUACAUCUGGUACCGCAAAGCAGAUGACAAUGAUCGUGAAGGAAACCUAGUCCAUGGACUGGAAGUAUAUCAGCGAGAGCAAUCCCUCGUCCAAGACCACCGUGCCGGUAGCGCGUACAAGAACAUGCGUGCAGUGGGAACCAGUAAGAAGUUAUUCAUACGCCCGUCGGAGCUGAUUUUCUACCGGCCUACCCGGUCGAAUGGUUCUGCCGGUUUCUUGACCCGAGGCGAGACUGACGUGCUCCUUCACGACGUCACGCAGUUGGCCAGCUACGCAGUCUUCACGAAAUAUUACACUUCGGCGAGGGACGUGCGGGACGCACUGCUCGUACAGCUGCAAAAGUUGGCCAAGAUGUGCGAGGAGGAUGAGCAUGUGCAGUCAUUCUACCCAAUGGUCAAGCGAGAUCUUUCUGGAAAAGACGGUGCGGCGCCAAUCGUCGUGUUUGAACGCUAUGACUCCAAGGAGGCUUUUGAGGCAAGGUCGGCCGACGUCAAAAAGCUCAGCGACGAAGUAAGGGCCUCGGCGGGGAGGACCGAGGUGUCGGCGUGGUCAGAUGGCAUUGGCCACAUCAAGGGCGGCAAGGUCACGAUAUCCUGA